AUGGCGUCGUACACUGCUUACAGCGGCUACACCAAGCCCCCCCAGUCUUAUGCGGGGUCUUACUACGACGAGAAACAGGCCAAGGCCUACACCGACUAUCAAGACUCGGUGUACGAGGAGAAACAGAGGCGCGAGAAGAAGGACCGCAAGGACGCCAUUUGUUGCGAGGUGGUGGCGCUCGUCAUCGGCUUCGUCGGACUGAUCGGAGUGGCGGCCGUGACGGGCCUGCCGAUGUGGAAGGUGACGGCCUUCAUCGAGGAGAACAUCAUCGUCAUGGAGACCCGCUGGGAGGGACUAUGGAUGAACUGCUACAGACAGGCCAACAUUAGAAUGCAAUGCAAGGUGUACGACUCUCUACUGUUUCUGCCCCCCGACCUCCAGGCCGCCCGAGGCCUGAUGUGCAGCGCCGUGGCCCUGUCCGCCUUCGCCCUCAUCACGUCAGCCGUGGGGAUGAAGUGUACCAGGGUGGUGGACCACCGGGCUCGCACCAAGCACAUCGUUCUGGUGGCCGGAGGCAGCCUGUUCCUGCUGGCCUGCGUCACCACCCUGAUCCCGGUGUCCUGGACCGGCCACGUCAUCAUCAGGGAUUUCUACAACCCGCUGCUGAUCGACGCGCAGCGCCGGGAGCUCGGGGAGGCGCUGUACAUCGGCUGGGUGACCUCGGCUCUGCUUUUCACUGCCGGGGUGAUCCUGCUGUGCCGCCACGCUCCACGUACCCAGGAAUCCGAUGAGAGGAUUGUGUACAACCCCGGGGACAGCAUGUACCAACCGGCCUACAUGUACCAGCCCAACAACUACCAGCCGGGAUACACCUACCAGCCGUCCUACACCUACCAGCCGGCCUACUCCCAGCCACCGCCAGGAUCUGUGGCUUACACACCAAGUCAGUACUAG